UUCUAAUCUGAAAAGAUAAAUACAGGAGCAACGUGAAAGCGAGAAAGAGAAGUGUAAGGGACAUAAUGGGAUGGAGAGGUGAAAUACGGCAGGAAAGGGGAGAGACCGCGGUGCGGAGGUGAAACGUCGAAGACGAUAGGCACGGACGAAAACAAAGAUGCGGCGGAAGCAAACGUGAAGGGGCGAAAAGAAAACGGCAAGGUUUAAGCGUUUUAUCGCUGCGCUGCUUCUGUGUCGAGUGUCUUACCGUCUUCCCUCUUUCCCCCUUUACGUCAUUUCGCUGCUUCGCGAGAAGAGGAUAUCGCUAUUAACUUACCUCGCGGAUAUCCGCAUUGUUUCGCGUCAACCAGCCAACUCAGCUGACCUACAUUGGCCAGGCACCAGGCAAAAUGGGAUAUCGAGCCACUCGAUGCUCAUCUACGGAAAACUACUCGCGGUUCCUACAGGGCGACCCAGGUGCCUAGCGUCGUAUUCGUGCUUGUCACUGUGGUCGUCGUAGUCGUCGUUGAAAGUACUCUUUCAUCCAGCACGGUUCGAUAUUUGUCGCAACGUCCACGCCACGGAACUUCUCGCUCGUUUUCCUAUAUUUCUUGUUGGCACACGUGGAUCGAACUCGUGGAUUCGAAAAGAGAAGAUUGACUCAGCCGAGCUCGCUGUCUCGCUUCCCGUAGCGGGAUAUUCGAGGACGAACUUGAUAUUUAUGUAUCGCUAGAGACGCGCGCAGCUCUACAGAACUUCGAUCUACGAUCGACGAUCCAUGCAACUGAUUAACAGUCAAGUAAUGCGAUUCGUCAUUGCAUUUACGAAGGCACUUGGGUGCACCUCCUCUUUCUCCUCCUUCGAGCGCGUUAAAUAUAUUCAAUCUUACGCCGAGCACGAUCAAAGUUAUCGGAAUAAGACAACGACAGUGUUCGAGAGCAUAGAAGAGCAGCCAAAUACAAUGGAAAGUGCGUGUUGCUACUUUACAUCGCGUUAUAACGUUGCGCUUUAAUAGUUGGAAUCGUUUGAGUCGCGUAACUAAAUCACAAGGCACGCCGAUUAGACGAUAAUCUAUGGUAAUCGUCGAUCAAGGCCGAUCGCAUAAGCUGUCCAGACAUUUGGUAUUACUGUCAAGCGACGAACCAACGAAGUUGACGAUACGAUACCGCCAGAUUGGUCCAAGUGUGCUCGAUAUCUCUGCAAAUUAUAGCUUUUCCACGCAGAGAUGCGUGUAUCGAGAUACGUGGCGUAUGAAACGAGCGAACAGGAUUAAAAUGCAGGGAGAAAGACAGGAAGAUACGCGACACGGCAUGCUCCUAUAAAUAUGUAAUAGGACAUUAGAGUAGAUGUUCUCGACCAUGAAACGAACGAAUGGAAACUGAGCAAGUUUGCUGCGCGAACUACACAUUUUCGCACGAAGACCCUCUUUGGGGAAGCGGAUGAGAUUGAAGCUUCCUCUUCUUCGCUAUCGGACAAAGAAGCUAAAAGAAGGACGAGGAAACUUUUGGGCUCUUUAUAAUACGAGAAUAGAAGAAUAAUACUGAACGCGAGAGAAGAAAGCGAUGCCUCUCGCGUAUUAUUUAAGGAAAUUGCAAACGGCUUCGGGAAAUUCUUCGGUCGUUUCCACCUUAUUGCCUCUCGUUCCAAGAAUUUCUGCCCGAUACAACGUACGAUAUAGUAUCCAAGAGUGAUAGAAAUAUGCGUAACGAUAUAUCAAGACAGCAGCUGACGGAAUGAUAAGAGAGAACCGUGCGAUGUUAUAACUAUCGCGCGAAUAAAACAACUCUUUCCUAUGUUUUGUCUUCGUAGGAAGAGUCGCCAGUCUGACGGCUCGAUGCACAAAAUUAGUAUCACGAUACCUUAUCUCACGGAAGUCGCUGCAUAAAGGUUUCUAUGUGUCAUUAAGUAUCCAUUACAUACGUCAUACCACGAUAGACGUAUCAACUAUUCGGAAGCUGUAUCGAUCAACUUUGUGAGUUCAAAAAUGUGGGAGAAAAGCGACGAUGUUUUAAACACUGUUUCUUAAGCUUACUUCGCUAUCAUUUGUGUCAUUUGUUGAUAGACGAGCUAGCCGAAGUAAAUCUUUUCUUCUUCUCAGCAUCGAAUAUCGAUCGCGUAUAUCGAUAAAAAAUAAAGCUUGAACGGUUCGGCUUGCGAGGGACUCGGCGUACGAAGGAGAAAACAAAGCUUCGAUCUCGUUCGAUUGUCCAAAGAAGAUCUUCGUUCAAAAACGUGUAUUUCGCGCAAGAAGAUCUCCUUGAACGAAGAAACGAAUGAUCAACAUCCAGCUAUUACAUUAAAUAAAUUUCGUCGAAAUGAGGGACCAUCCGUCGCGCCUUUUCUCUGAUACGAGAACGGACGCGUAGAAAUGCCAGAAUGAGAGGAGUGGCGUUUCUGGGGACGGUGAGAUCGGCACGCGGAACUUUCCUGAGGACGCUCGUCUUCGUCUUCCUGGCGACGUUCCUCUGGCUUCAACUUCAUGUGAUCAGCCUGACCGGCCGAGAUUCCGCUGGACAGGCCUCGUCAAACGAGACGCUGUUCUCCCUCGUACCGCAAGAAUUACAUAGGUUUCUGAAAGAUCGUCGAAAUGGUUCUUCCUCGACGUUAACGAACGCGAGCACAGAAACGUUAACCGAGUUCGAAAUAGCGGAGAUUCGUCGAAACAUAGAAAGGGCGAAUGCCGAGCAAAGAGUGUACAACGAAGAGUCUUUCGGUCCUUUGGCUAACGACGCUCCCGUAAUAGUGAUUCAAGUGCACACACGGCUCACCUACCUCAGACACCUGAUCGUGUCGUUGGCUCAAGCGAAAGGGAUCGAGCAAACCCUUCUGGUCUUUAGCCACGACGUUUGGCAUCCGGACAUCAACUAUCUCGUGCAAAGUGUCGACUUCUGUCGUGUCAUGCAAAUAUUUUACCCUCACAGCAUACAGACUCAUCCUCGAACGUUUCCCGGCGAAGAUCCGAACGAUUGCCCUCGAAACAUUCGCAAAGAACAAGCUCUGAAUCUCGGCUGCAUCAACGCAAAGCAUCCGGACCUCUAUGGACACUACAGAGAAGCGAAAUUCACGCAGACGAAGCAUCACUGGUGGUGGAAAGCGAACCGCGUGUUCGAUCAAUUAUCGAUCACGAGAAAUCACACCGGCAUAGUUCUUUUCCUCGAGGAAGAUCACUACGUCGCCGAAGAUUUCUUACACGUUCUCCGACUGAUGGAACGUACCUGUAAACAUAGCUGCAAAAGAUGCAACGUCCUGUCCCUGGGCACCUAUCUCAAAACCUACAAUUAUUUUGCCGAUUUCAGUCGAAAGUUCCUUGGCGUCAACAGCGCCCUGCAAAAGGAGCUACUGCGUGGAUUAAAAAGAUGGGAAGCAUCGGCGAGGCAACAGUCGGCUAAAGCCGAAGACAUCAUCGGUACCAGUGACAGCGGAAGAAUCAACAACGGAAUCCCAAGCAGCAGCAGCAACAGCGGCAGUGGGAGCAGCAGCACCGGCAGUAGCAGCAAUAGUACUCCUACUGGGGCGAGCAACAGCAAAAACAGCAGCGUUAGCGGAAAUGUCAUCGUUAGCAACACUGGCGCUGCCGCCAUCCUACCAAUCGCACGCAACGCACAGAUCGUGCAAUCUGCCUCCGCAUGGGCUUUCCAACUCCUACCCGAACUCUACAAUCAUUAUCAAAAGGCUGAAGUGAUUCCUUGGAUCUCGAGCAAGCACAACAUGGGUAUGGCGUUUAAUCGCGUCACUUGGAACAAAUUGAGAAAGUGCGCCGCCCAGUUCUGCUCGUACGACGAUUACAAUUGGGACUGGAGUCUUCAACAUAUCGCGCAAACUUGUAUGCCACCGAGCAAAGGACCCGGAAUCGCGCCCCGUACAGAAUCCGGUUUAAUCACGAUGAUGAUGCGGGCGCCCAGAGUUUUUCACAUCGGAGAAUGCGGAGUCCAUCACAAGAAAACCAAUUGCGAAUCGACCGCUGUGAUAGCAAAGGUUCAAAACGUCCUAAAGGCUGCCCGAGACCAUCUUUUUCCUACUCAACUGACGCUUACUGUAGCUGGCACUGCGAAAAAGACGAAGCUCAGGAAGGGCAACGGUGGAUGGGGCGACACACGGGAUCAUCGGCUUUGUUGGAACAUUACCGUUUAUCCGGAUCUCGUUUUACCUUGAGACCAAACUCUCGAACGAACGACAUCGAAAUAUCCUUUCAAUUUCUUCUUUUUUCUUCGCAGACCCUUCUCUAUUUCUCUACCUGCCUUGUUCUUUGUCCCGUUGUCCAAAAAGUCGCAUCCCGCUCAGCCCGUUUCGUUCCCGCCUCGUCCUGACUCAUCCAGUUUCGUCUCUCGUGGAAGAUGCUCGUUUAACAAGUUCCUUCGCGUCGACGAAUUAUUGUAUCGAUCCCACGGUCUGUUAUCAGAUCGCGCGGCAUCCCUAGCGGCGUACUUAUCUUUAUAUUCGUGCUGAACUUAGCAACCGAUUCAGGCGGCGGAAGCACAUUUCGCGCUUAGCGACUCAGCUCCUUAACGAAUUUGCGUCUCGACCGGUCGCCGAAGUCCCAGAGAAACACGCUUAUCACGUAUUCUAGUCAUCGUACCCAAUGAUGAUUAACGAUAAAUGGGUAACAAAAAAAUGGUCGUUGUCUGUCUACAAAUUGCUUCCAGUAAGGUAGCAAACAACGUUAGACUGACAAUACUCGCCGCUCGAGACGACCCAGACUUUUGAACUUGGAGUGACUCCGAGAGCGAACCAAAGCCAUCCACGAGUCGCGAAAUUUACAUAGGAUACGUUUUAUAUUUGUAACGAGAAUCAACGAAAAUAAACGAAUCGACCGAUUUUCUCGUA